CCGUACAAGCUGUGCACAGGAAACUGAAAGUCAGUGGGAAAGUUUUGCACACACGACAAGACGGCGCAGCAGUGAUGACGGCCCACCUGCAAACUCUUGCGACUUGUCUGCUGUUGUUUCAUGUAACUUCCCAAACAGGCCCCACCAAUAGCACUGAAAUCCAAACCGGAGCCAAUUAUGGCACGGCCACCGCUUAUCCAAUCGUGGCUUCUGACACAGCCACCAGUUUCAAAACCAUCCCUCAUCACCCGUCUGCUUCCCGAAUUGACACCAUUGCUGGAUCUGAGAUCGAGACCAAUGCCACUACCCAAACUGACCACAGUGUCAAAUUAAAAAUUGACACCCCUUCCUCAUCUGACACUACCCCUGUUUACCAAAGGGACAUUAACACUGGAUCUAAGAUCAUCCCCACUGUCGCUUCUAACGCAACGUCUUCUUCCCAAAUGGAUACCACAACCGGAUCUGAAAUCGAGACCACUGGCAACGCAGUCGCAUUCACAAUCGACAACUCUUCCUUGUCUGACACAACCCCUGCUUCCCAAACUGACACCACCACUGGAUCCACAAUCGACAAAACGGACACAACCCAAGCUUCGCAAACUGAAACCACCACUGGUUCUAAAAUCGACAAAACGGACACAACCCAAGCUUUGCAAACUGAAACCAGCACUGGUUCUAAAAUCGACAAAACGGACACAACCCAAGCUUCGCAAACUGAAACCACCACUGGUUCUAAAAUCGACAAAACGGACACAACCCAAGCUUCGCAAACUGAAACCACCACUGGUUCUAAAAUCGACAAAACGGACACAACCCAAGCUUUGCAAACUGACACCACCACUGGAUCCACAAUCGACAAAACGGACACAACCCCAGCUUUGCAAACUGAAACCACCACUGGAUCUAAUAUGGAGACCACGGCCACUUCCCAAACCGACCACACUGUCACAUUCACAAUCGACACCCCUUCCCAAACAGACACCACUGUCACAAUCACUAUUUCCACACCCAACAUUACUGCUUUAUCAACAAUUGCCACCAACAGACCCCUACCUAGUACCACUACCAGCGGCGGUGCACUACAGGAGGGUCUCAAGUACAAGGGUCUGAGCUCAGGAAGUAUUGCAGCCAUUCUAUGCAUGAUCGCAAUAUUGGCCAUUCUGGUGUUUGGCGGUCUAUACUACAAGUACCGACAACCAUCCUACGGGUCUCUGGAGAGCAACAAUGCCCACAGCAGCUUUGGGAACUUCAGUAAUCCCAUGUAUGACCCUUAAACCCGCCGACCUGACAAGUGACUUCCACUUCCAAGACCUCUCAGUACUGCAGAAGGAGUGUUUUAAGUGUGCUUGUAUGUGUGUGAUGCAAAUCUCUUGCUAGUCAUUAUAUCUACCUAUACCCGUACCCGAGAGUCUGAUUGCACUGAACAGCCUCCUAGAAGGAGGCCUUAAUGACAAUGACAAUGUACUACAUUGUCCUGUUCAAUUUUAGUCGCUAUUAACGAGUGUUUUAUUUAUAGUUUGUGUUAUGUGCUAUGCUUUGACGUUAUUUUUCUUUUGAUAUGUAGGCUGAUAGAGUUUGUGUGAGUUGUGUUCGAGUGUAUAAUUAAAGGGCAACUGCACUUUUUUUGGAAUUUUCCCCAUCGUUCACAAUCAUUAUGAGAGACAAGAACACAAAUAUCUUUUUUGGUGGGGGAUUUUAAAGAUGAUUUAAAAAAAACAUGUUAAAGAUGUGGCACCUUCAAAGCCCUCUAAAACAACUUCUAAACCAGGGUUCCCGAAACUUUUUGACCCUCGGGCCGC